UGGUAUUAACUACUCUCCUGCUUAAUUUCUUGACCAGAUAUCGCUCUCAUGACUGAAACGACGCCUUCAGGAAAACCCAUUGUUGCUCGUGAAAAGACCGCACCGUUUCUCAUUCGGACCUUUGUGAAAGUUGGGACUUUUCAUCGUUUGUCGCAGUUCGAGGAUGGUCCUCUCCCAAUCGCGGAUGAGCAGCAAAUAUACACAUGGAAAGAUGCAACUCUUCGCGAAGUACUCACGACUCUUAGAACGAUCGCGCCUCACACAACAGAAUACCGUCAUCCACUAGCCCGCUAUACCUUUCGGGCAGUCUACGCGGACGCAGCCAGCCGCGGUCGCUUUGCCCAAAAGGAAUUGGGGACCGUCUACUCCCGGGACAUCUUAGGCGAGCCCGGUACACUCACCUCACCAGCACCACGACUCCUCCGCGACGAUGACGAAACAACUGACACUUCUGGCGACGCUAAUAUGGACCCAACAGAGGAGAAAGCUCGAGAAGAACGAACGCUUGACGAAUUAAGAUUCGUCCCGGGGGAUUACAUGUGUGUCAUGGUAGUAUUACCCAAGAAUGCUUCCGUACCUGCUGCGCUUUCGGGAGAAUUGUCUAUCAAAGGUUCGGGUGUGGGUGGGCCGCCUGCUGCUAAUGGCUGGAAAUCCAGUACCUCGAUUGGUGGCGGUAGACCGGGGGAUAGUGGAUGGGGAGGAAGUCUUGGGUCUGCGCCUGUGUUGGGCUCAGGACGCGGUGGGGGUCAUUGGCGAGGUGGGUCAGAUGCGCCUAGGGGAGGGAGAGGUGGUGGUAGGGCUAUCGACAGAGAUAGAAGGGUGCCACCGCCGAGGAGAGAGUCACCUCCGAGACGAGGGGGGUGGGGAGACCGACGAAGAUCUCUAUCCCGGUCAAGGUCAAGGUCUCCGCCAAGACGAAAGAACUCAAGAUACGACUGACCAUGCUCACACUCCAUACACUUCUUGUUGUACUUAUGCGGUCUUAUUCGUCUCAUUUCAAAACCUGUAUGUUUGGCUGGUUGACAGGAUAGCUGGAACUUGAAGCUGUCAGAUAGUGAGAAAUAAGAGGACAUUUAGAGCAAACAAAGAAAAACAAAACAAAACUCACUACGCGAUUCUAACGUGUCAUAGAACGCCUUAACCGCUAGGCCGAUUAGCCAACAUUGUCUUUCAUGCAUCAUCAACCACUAGCCGAACCUGAAACAAUAUAUUGGAAUUCCAAUUU